UGAACCACUUCCCGUCUGGCCCAUGUACAUAAACGGCCGGACAAGAGCAGUGCAGGAGCGGGUUGCCGUUCAUAAACGGCGCCCACAUUUACAGCCUGUGUGCGCUUCCUGGGAGUGCGCGGUACCCGCUGUGUCCGGAGGACACAGCAGAGCAACAAUCGCUGUAUGGGACCUCUGUGUGAGGUCCUGAUCAUGUGAUCACUUAUUGGCUAAUCAGUGAUCACAUGAAUAGUAGUAAACAAGAUGUCACUUCUGACAUCAUUGCUUACUACUUGUGAAAUCUGUGAAUGAUCACAGAGGUCACAUGUUACAAGGCUACAUCACAUAGAAAACAGCCUUGUACGGUUUGACAAGCUGUGACCAAUUAAGCUCUCAAA